GAAGUAUAGAUUGCUAAUGCAAGCACGGCUCAGACUCAGUCCUCCAGCAAGCUUCAUUGAGGACUUGUUGAUCCCGAGAAGAGACAAGAGUUGAUCUUUCCAGGUCGAUUUACAAAGAAAUACUAGCAAGUGAAGAAAUUCAGGUUUCAAGAGCGAUAUACUUACAUGGGACAAAAAAUGUACACGUGUGUUGCAUUGACCGUCGUUGCUCUAAUAAGCACGAUGCACUUUGGUGUCGAGGCAUGGGGUGGUCUAUUUAAUCGUUUCAGCCCAGAAAUGUUAUCGAAUCUUGGUUACGGUAGUCACGGUGAUCAUAUAGGCAAAUCAGGAUUGUAUCAGCGUCCAUUAUCUACCAGUUAUGGAUAUUCGUAUGACUCUCUAGAAGAAGUUAUACCAUGCUAUGAAAGAAAAUGUACACUUAACGAGCACUGUUGUCCGGGUUCUAUUUGCAUGAAUGUCGAUGGAGAUGUUGGUCAUUGCGUUUUUGAAUUGGGGCAAAAGCAGGGAGAACUUUGCAGGAAUGAUAACGAUUGCGAAACUGGUUUAAUGUGCGCCGAAAUUGCCGGUAGCGAAACUCGUUCGUGUCAGGUGCCGAUAACUUCCAACAAAUUAUAUAAUGAGGAGUGUAACGUGUCCGGGGAAUGCGAUAUCAGUCGCGGUUUAUGCUGUCAGCUUCAGAGACGUCAUCGACAAACGCCAAGAAAGGUUUGCUCGUAUUUCAAAGAUCCUCUGGUUUGCAUCGGACCAGUUGCAACGGACCAAAUAAAAUCGAUCGUUCAGUAUACUUCUGGCGAAAAACGGAUUACUGGACAGGGAAAUCGUAUCUUUAAACGUUCCCUUAAGGCUCCCUUCGCCUAAAAGCUAUAUUGUUCCUCAUGAACUGGUGAGAAUGAAAGGCGUGUCUAGAUAAAUCGAAUCCCUCUUGUCAUUACACUGAAAAAAAAAAAAAACGAGAAAAAACUUAAGAUGUAAGUCUGUUAUUUCGAAAUUUCCUAAAUUGUUUCGAUGUUCGUAAGUCUGUCAAGAGUGGAGAAAUCACAAACGCGCUUUUUGAUUGUUUUCUUCCAAAUAUUACGACUGAAAAAAAUACGAUACAUAUCAGAAUAGUCCGUCUUAUAAGAUUAUAAGGUAUUAUUAAAUAUUAGUGAAAAGAAUUAUACAGCGUGUUUUCAAAAAUUGAAUUUAAUAAUCGAUGAAUAAUGCGUAAUGGAUGUGUGAUAGAAGAGAAGAAGUUUCCUCUUUUACUAUUCUUACUUUUUUCCCACUCGUCUGGUUAAACAUAGAAAUUAAAAUUUUACGAAAUAGAUAGGAAUUGAAUAGCUGGGAUCUAAAUGAUAAUAGUGAUAGAAAUGUUAGAAAAAUUGUACUUUAUAUAUUAAUUGUAAAAUCAUAAUUCUAGAAAUUGAUUUUAGUAAAAUUUUGUUGAGAGUUCUUUGAAAAAAAAAAAAAUAGCUUUUACUUGUUUCACUCUGUACUUAUUCAUUUUAUUUCAUUAUCGAAAUCUACGAUCUUAAAAAAUUCCUGAAUAAAGUUCCCUAAAUUUAUUCUUAAGAUAUCUACUCGAAUUAUUCAAACGCACAGAAAAUAAUAUAUUUUAAUUUUUUCUAAUUCUCAGAAAGAGAUCAAAUAUCCUGAUAUCAAUGAUAGAAUUAUAUAUUUUUCACGAGGAAAAGUUGAAACAUUGAAAUGAUGUUACACUAUUACAUAAAUGUUAAUGUCUACACGUGAAUCGCGUAUGAGAGUUUGCUCGAUUGUAUCGAACAUUUAAUCUGAAGAGUUUUCAAAAUCUUCGUCGGUGUCUAACAAAUGUAAUUAUAUUAUUAACAAUAAGUAAUACUGUAACCAAAAGCAAAACAUUUUAAUUAACGCGAAUCGAGAAAGAAAUUAAAAGAUACAGCAAUAAAGUUUUGCUUUGCUAGUCUAGAUUCUAAAUUAUUAGAGAUACGUAUGUACGUAGAUUUUUAGUAGAAAAACUUAUUCAAAUGUGAAUUACUCGAUUAAACAUUUAUUGUGGAAAUCUCUAAAUAUUGUUUGUGGGAAUCGCUCUAUUGAAUACGUUAAAAAUGUGGAGUUAAUCGCUUCGCAUUAAAUGUUAUUAAAUAUCCUAUUAAAUAUAAUAUAAUUAAAACUGGAUAUAUAGAUGAAAAUCGUUAAAUGUUACGUUAAAUGUUGAUGAGAAUCAAGAUUUUAAAAGAUACAUAUGAUGAAAGAAAGUAUUACUUACGAACAUAGUUAUGAAGAUAAAGAAUAUAAAUGAAGCAAAUGUUAUAAUUGUAAUUUACAAGAAACCGCAGUGUUAUUUUAAACACUGUCGCGAAGAACUAUUUGAUGCGUAAAGUACCUGUUGCGAAAUUUGGACAACUCCUCGUUUCUAUGCUAUUAAUGCUAGUCGAGAGUCCAAACACACAAAAUGAAGAAAACAUAUUUCUCGUUACACGAUAUUAUACUUCCAGCGUUGAUCUUUUAUUAUAUAAGAGAAUUCUAAUAUAUUAUAUGAAUGCCUAAUCCAUUAAGAAAGUUUUAAAUGUGAAUGUUAUAUAUUAUGAGAUAUAUCUUAUUGAAAUUAUAUUUUUAUCUUUAAUCAAUAUGUAUACCUAAACAUCAUAUACAUAUUUAUAUAUUCAUAUAUUUUCCGUAAACAUAUAAUUAUAAAAUUAGAAAUAUAAUUAUUCUCUGAUGCGUCGUGCGUAAUCUCAUAUUAAUCGAUUAUUUUCGAGAUGAUUAAUUUGCAAUUAUAAGAAAUCAACUCACUGAAUAUCUAAUGCGUGAAAUUUAACUCUAAUUUAAUUUACUAUCAUAUUCUACUAUCAUAUUAAUUUCUUUCUAUGUAUUUAAUUUAUCAUGUAUUUUUUUAUUAUUCAGUAAUUAUUAUUUGAAAAUGAAGAAGAAAAUUAAUGAAUGAAAAUAAUAUAUAUAUAUAUAUACAUAUAGAAUAGUAAGUUCCUUCCAAUAUGAAAAAUUUAAACAAAAUUCAUAUUGUUUGAACGUACGACACAUUGAGGGAUUACAGGCAAUAUGGCCUGGAAUUAAAAGAAAGUACCUCUCAUUAAAUGAAUUAAUUCCAAAAUAAUUAUAUGUCUAUAACUAUGUAUAUGUAAUGUUCAAAAUUAUAAUACAAAGUUGUAAUAGUUUAAUGUCAAAUAAAUUGUGAUGCAUAUAAAA